UGCCUCUGUUUGGAAGAACACUGAGGAGAAUCACCAUAUUCUAGAAUCUAGCCAGAGUAUUCUCAUUCUACCCAGAGGACACCUCAGCUUUAUAUCACAGACCAAACCUGGGAAAGAACUCACUGCUUCAAACUGGGUUUUCAGAUCUCUUCUUGUAGUGCCUGCCAGUAAAACCCGGUCUCUCUCUGUUCUGUGAUUGUGUAAGGAUGGCAGAUGAGAUUGGGAGAAUGUCUCCCGAUGUGCAGAGCUGCAGCACAGGUUACAGGCCCGUCCUGGCCAGCGAGGAUCCCGCGCAGAGCCGUCCAUCUCGUUGCCUGUCCUGGACACUUCUGCUCCUGUUAGUGGUUGACGUUUGCCUGCUGAUAUCUGCGCUGGUCUACCUUUCAGGACUUCCUGGUGAGCAACUGAACCUGAAGAAACAAAUCUCUGAUCUGACAAACACAGCUGAAGCCAGUUACAGCAACGCAACAGAGCAGCACAAUGAAACCAGAACGAGACUGAGAGCAAUGGACUCUAACAUUUCAUCUUGUAGGGAAGCUGUAAUCAACGUUUCAAAUUCGUUGAGUGACUCUGGCUUGCAGAACGCUACAGAGGUAUAUAAGAUGUACAUAAGAGACUUCUGUUCCAAGAAAGCCCAUGAAAAAGUCGAUACCUGCUUCCCAUGCCCUCUGGGCUGGAGGCGGACUGGGAGGAGCUGCUACAUGUUUUCUGAUCAGCAAAAAACCUGGACGGACUCCCAGUCGUUCUGUCAGUCGAAGCAAUCAGCGCUGCUCAUCAUCAACAACGCAGAGGAACAGAAGGACAUAAUUAGUAAGAGGAGUUCAUCUCAGAGCUACUGGAUUGGACUCAGUGACAGGGUCAAGGAAGGUGACUUCAGAUGGGUGGACAACACAAGCUUCAAGACCACAGAGCAGUUUUGGGCAGAACAACAACCAGAUGACUGGCACUCCAAUGAAGACUGCAUCCAUUUACGCAACGAUGGGUUGUGGAAUGAUGCUUCAUGUGAUAUACAAUCCUAUUUCAUUUGUGAAAAGGAAACUAGAAUGAUCUUUUUUUAGAGCAAAGGCUUUGUUUGUAGAGCAAGAAUACAAUAUGCUACUGUGUUUUAUUGUGCUUUUUCUUUGCUUUCUCAAAAAUUAGAUGCCAGUUACAUGCUUUUCAGAAGCUGUUAAAGUUAUUAGGUACCUGAAGGCAGCAACAGCAGAUUUACAGUGUUAUGCAGUUGAGCCUCAGAGUUAUGAGUACCAAAUUGAAAAGGAUAACCAACUGAAAUGGCAAGUACUGGGGAACACAGGUGUGUUACACGUUUAAUUGAAAAAACAAACCAACUUGAUAGCAGUAUCAGCCUCAACAAUGAGAAUAUGGUAUCUGGAACUCAAGUGACAUCAAGAAAAAAUAAUCAAAUCAAGGAAACAAACAAUUUGCAAAGGAGACUGUGCUGUAUCCUUGUGUUAAUCUCCAGAUUGAGGGUGUAGCUAGCAGGUGUGCACAUUCAUCAAUACCACUGGAAACCCAUUUUCAGAGUUACAAACAGCCUCUGUUCCCAUGGUGAUGUAACUCGGAGGUUUACCUGUAUUUUAAAUAUCUGCAUAUAAACUGAGUGUUAAAACAAGCAAAGAUUUUCAAUGCAAAAGCGAAGGACCAGGGAUUAUAAUGUUACUAGUCCUUAUGAGAGGUAACAUGUAUUUUAAUACAUUGCUUAUUGCUCAAUUUUCUUUUAUUUCAUUGCAUAUUUGAUUUGAUUUUGGGGCACAAAAUGUGUAUUUCACAAGCAUUGCAAAGAUGUUGUUUUCUGUUUGGUGUUUUUUUCUCUUCUUGCCAAUAAAAG